UGUGGCAGAGAAGAGCAAAUGGUGAUGAGGAGGACAACUAGGGAGCUGAGGAGGAGCAGGGAAAAAUGUUAGAGUAGAAUGAGCUACACGAUGUGUAAUUAGGAUCAGAGAGCUGCUUGACAAAAGCUUUCUUCACUACUGCAUGAUGGACAACCUGGACGGAGCUGAACUCUGCUACCCUCAGCUGCUCAACUUGUCCUGCAGAGGUUUGAGACGUUCUCACUCAGAGGUCGCCCUCCUCUACACACUGUUGUCCUCCAUCUCUGUGCUCACCGUAGCCCUCAACCUGUUGGUUAUCAUCUCCAUCUCCCACUUCAAGCAGCUCCACACCCCCACCAACGUCCUCCUCCUCUCCCUGGCCAUCUCAGACCUGCUGGUCGGGCUGCUGGUGAUGCCGGUGGAAACGGUGCGGUUCAUAGAAACCUGCUGGCUGUUGGGGGACCUCAUGUGUGCUCUGUCGUACAUUAUCGGCUUCACUCUCACCUCGGCCUCUGUGGGGAACAUGGUGCUCAUAUCGAUGGACCGUUUCGUAGCUAUUUGUUAUCCUCUGCAAUAUCCCAGCAAAAUCACUCACAGCAGGGCUCAGGUGUCUGUAAGUCUGUGCUGGACCUGUUCACUGCUGUACAACGGGCUGGUCUUAAAGGACCACCUGAGGCAGCCGGACAGAUACAACUCCUGCUACGGAGAGUGUUUGGUGGUGAUUGACUAUAUCUCUGGAACUGUAGACCUUGUUUUCACGUUUAUUGGCCCCUGCUCUGUCAUUGUCGUUCUGUACAUGAGAGUGUUUGCUGCAGCCGUGUCUCAGGCUCGAGCUAUGCAGUCUCAUAUUACAACUGUUGCAGGCAGUACGGCAACAAUCACUGCAAAGAAAUCAGAGAAAAAAGCAGCCAGGACUCUUGGUGUUGUGAUAUUAGUGUUUUUGAUGACUUUCUGUCCUUAUUAUUAUCCUUCUGUAGCAGGACAAGACAUCUCAAACAGUGCUUCGUCCUGGGCCAUUGUGUCCUGGUUGGUGUACUUCAACUCUUGUCUGAAUCCUCUGAUUUAUGCCUUUUUCUAUCCGUGGUUUAGAAAAGCAAUCAAGUAUACAGUCACCCUGAAGAUACUAGAGAAGGACUCCUCUCAGGCAAACAUACUUUAAAGUCAACAUACACGUUUCAUGAUCCAUGAGGGAAAACAGCAAAAUGAAACUUCUGUUCAUAAGUGAUGCUAGCAUGUGUUAUAUGUUGCUGAAAAAAAUGCAUUUCACAUAGAAGCAUUAUUUCAUUUGUACCACUGUCUGUCACCAGAAUGUUAUUCAGCAAACAUUUAAUCCAGAGCUGUUCAGCUGAUCUGAAGGAAACUGAUUUGCAAUGUGAUUUAACAUGUAAGUCAUUUGUGAAACAGCUAAAACUGAACAUUGGAUGUCAUUUCAGUCAUGAAAAUAUUUAUUGCCGAUAUAAUGUAGGAAGUAAUCAGUUUUUGUAAUAACAAAGUAAUACUACCUAGCCAAUAAACACCAUGCUAAAUACAUUUAAUUCCUACCCUGCCUAAAGUUGAUUUUAUCAGUGGUUCAAGCUUGAUUUGUUUUAUCACAAUUUUACAAUGAUGUUCUAACAAAUGUUUGCAGAGAGUUUAGCAACAUAAAAACUGCAUUGUUGUGAGUUAGCUAUUGUCUUAGUCACCGAGUUUCUUUCUGAUUGUAAGUGGGUGUUUUCAUACAUUGCGUUAACAUUUUGUAGCAUUUUUAUUCAAAUGCAUUUCAUCUUUAUGUCAGCGAAUCAAUGAUUUAUUCAUGUCAAUAUUAAGCAACACUAAUGUCCAAACCGCCCUCAUCUAUACAGGCCUGUUUUUCCUCUGACCUUUUAAAACCUUGAAACUCUUGUUACAAAACUGCUUAAUUUCUGUCAAAUUAAGAACCUUGAUGCAAAGAGAAUAAUGUUUUUGAUAACUGAUCUUAAAGUGGCACAUAAAAGAGGUAUCAGGCAGAAAAGUACGCAAUGAACAUGAUGAAUGUGUGUAAACAGACUGACAUAAUAAAGGGAUUUG